AGCUCUAAUUGGUUCAGGGCCGUGAUAACUUCCUCUUUUCCGAUUAUGGUGAGCGGCCAUCUCCACAUUUCUCCGUGCUGCAGUCUUACAAAUGUGGUAGGCCCCCGGUAAGCUCACAUAUACCGCAUUCAUUUCUCACUCGUAGGGCUGUCUCGAUCCUAACUUCUUUCAGCUCAUUUCCGCAAUCCGCGUAGAGAAGGCCAAGGUGUACGUCACGUCGAGCGAAGUAGCGCGCUGGACGCCCUAUCACGAACCCGCGAUCUGAUCUAGCGGAUCUCCCUUCCGGAGCACGCAGGAGCGCAUAAGUUACAGCGUGGAUACUUAAUCUCACUCACCUAGACUUACCCGUCGAAGAAUGGCUUCACUCUGGAGGAGAGCUUGCACCAGCUGCACCAAGGCCAAGAGACAAUGUACCAAAGGUCUGCCCGUGUGCCGACGCUGUGCGGAUAAACGCAUCCCCUGCGUAUACCCACCAGCGCGGCGAAUCGUUCAUGCGGAAACAGAGGCAGCGAUGGCGUCAGCAUCAGUUGCGGGCGCGUCUGCAGACGCGCCCCCUGUGAGUCAGAGAUGCAGUAACGACGCGGUCUCAGGUGAUCUAGGCUUCCCCCCGCUCUCGCUGACGCCAGCGGGAAUAGUCGGGACUGCUAUAGGAUGCCAAGCAGCAGCAGCGCCAAUGGCAGCAGAAGAAGCCCUUCAGCCACAGUGGCAGCCUGAUGCUACGUCCUCAGAAGCCUGGUUCUUAACGCCGGAGUCGUGGUUCACGGAUUUUACGCCUACGCCAAGCCAGCCGGCGGCCGUGAUGGACGGCGUGAUCCGACGCUUCGUCGAAAGCGUCCAGGACUGGCUGAGGCGCUGGGUGACGGAGGGCAGCAGCCCGCUGCACCACCGACAUCUAUAUCGCGAGAAGAUGCCACGGCACGUGCAGGACGCGUACACGGUCAUCGCGAUGUAUCACACCCUACCUCCCAAUAACGCUACUCACAGCAAUCAAAAUCAAAAUCAAAACCAAAGUCAAAGAAACCCCAGCAGCAGCACCGACGCCAGAGCAACAGCGAUCCGCAUCCUCGACGACCGCGCGACGCAACUACUAGAAGACCAGGCGCUGGGCGCGUCGUCGCCGGGCAAGCGCCCGGACGUCUUCGACCACCUGGGCCGCGUGCAGGCGCUCCUCGCGUACCAGACGAUCCGGCUGUUCGACGGCGACGUGCGCAUGCGGGCGCAGGCCGAGGCGCUGAUCCCGACGCUCGCGCUCUGGGCCCGGCAGCUGCUGGACUGCGCGCGCGAGACGCUGGACCGGCCGGGGCGCUUGCUCGCCGGGUUCGCUAGUAGUUUCGAGACCGAUUCUAUUAACGCUGAUCCGGGUUUCGAGGGUGGUAGGGAAGAAAAAGGAGGAGGAAAAGGAAGGGGAGGGAGUCGAUGUUCUGAGGAAACGCUGUGGAGGGCUUGGAUCCUGGUGGAGAGCGUGAGGCGCUCGUGGUCUGUCGCGACUUAUAUCCAGGAGAUCUAUCUGUACCUGAAGCAGGGCUGGUCGGAGUGUCCCGGGCGCGUGACGAUCACGAUGCGAGGAGGCCUGUGGGACGCCGGGACGCCGUACGCGUGGUACCGCGCAUGCAGGGAAAAGGACGCGCUGUUCUUGCCGACGACGCGCACGGAGAGUUUAUUUCGUGAGAGGCGGCCCGAGGAUAUUGAUGAGUUCAGCUUGCUCAUUGUGGAGCUGGGCUUUGGGCAGGAUAGGAUAGAAAGGUGGAUUGGGGAGAAGGGGAGGAGAGAAAUGGGAAGGGCGUUGAUGAUGGACGGAUGGGAUGAGGAGAUGGCGAUGUGAUGUCUUUGGAAACGAAGGAAUGUACGGACAAUGAGUAAUGGGAUCCUGUAGAUGCUGGAUUGUGGAUGUAAUUAAAAAUGACUAUCUAGUAAAUACUCCAACUACGAUGCAAA